AUGCGGCGGAGCAGCAGCAACGAACUGCUGCCACCGAACAUGUCUGAAGCCAGGCUUGUUCUUCUGGGAGGCAGCUGGUCAGAAAAAUGUUCAGUUGGAAACUUAAUACUGGGGAACACUGGAUUCAACUCAAGGGAAGAAUCAAACGUCUCCGUAAGAGUCCAAAGAAAGAUUCAGGAGAAAAAUCUGUUUGUCAUUAACACACCAGAUCUGUUUAACUCCAGAACACCUGAAGCAAAACUUAAAGAACAAGUAGAACAUUGUGUGAGACUUUGUUCUUCUGGUGCUCAUCUCUUCCUGCUGGUUGUACAACCUGAAAAAUUCCCUGAGGAAACAAAAAAGCGACUCUACAAAGUCCUUGAACUGUUCAGUGAUCAGUCCUUUGACAGUGCACUGGUUGUGAUCCCAACAUCUAGCCAGAGGAAUCCAAGUUUCAAUCAACCCCUACAGGACCUGAUCAGAAGAUGCAGAAACAAUUCCUUCAUUCUGAGGGAAGAUGGACGACACGAGCUGCUCGGGACGAUCGGAGACUUUCUGGUGAAGAGAAAUGAGAAACAGCAAAUAAAACAACAUCCAGUAAUGAAACAUCAAAGACAAGCUGCUCCAGCUUCUGGUGCUGGCCAACAUCUCAGAGUCAUGCUGUUUGGAGCGACUCUGUCCACCAAGACUCAACUCUGCAACUUCAUCAUUGGGAAAAAAAGUUUUUCAGCCUCGUCCCUUCAGGCCAAGCCAGUGGAGUGGGGGAAGUGGAAUGGAAACGACAUCAUUAUUGUAACGACUCCAGAGAGUCAGAAGGGAAAAGUGGUGAAAGAGGAGCUGAGGAGCUGCAUGGAUCUCUGUCCUCCUGGACCAAAUGUUCUGCUGCUGGUGAAACCUUCAGACUUCACAGAGAAAGACAGACAGACUCUGAAGGCCACCCUGAGUUUGUUUGGAGGCUGGGAACCGACCACCCCAGCCCGACCUCCAGAACACUACGGAGCUUUUAACCCCUGCCACAAAGGACAAGGCGCCACUUACAACCCAAGGACCCUCCUAACACCUCUGGGCUGUGAAAGCUGCGACGUGCGUGGCAAGGCCCUGGCGGCAGCUAGGGACCUUCACCUGAGAAUAGGAGGCUGGGAACCCGACUUGACCCACGCCCGACCUGAGAAGGGCACACGGGCCCAGCUGCCACAAAGGACAAGCGGCGCCUGCGGUGGCAAGGCCCCGAGCUAG